AUGGAAAAAUACGAGCUUGUGAAAGAUAUAGGUUCCGGUAAUUUUGGUGUGGCAAGGCUUAUGAGGAACAAGGAGACCAAAGAGCUCGUGGCUAUGAAAUACAUCGAAAGAGGACACAAGAUCGAUGAAAAUGUAGCACGAGAGAUCAUAAACCACAGGUCACUUCGGCACCCAAAUAUAAUUCGGUUUAAGGAGGUUGUUUUGACUCCCACCCAUCUUGCCAUUGUCAUGGAGUAUGCAGCUGGUGGUGAACUUUUUGAGAGAAUCUGCAAUGCUGGAAGAUUCAGUGAAGAUGAGUCCAGGUACUUCUUUCAGCAGCUUAUAUCUGGAGUUAACUACUGCCAUUCCAUGCAAAUAUGCCAUAGAGAUUUGAAGUUGGAGAAUACCCUUCUGGAUGGAAGUCCUGCUCCCCUGCUAAAAAUCUGCGACUUUGGUUACUCAAAGUCAUCUCUGCUGCACUCAAAACCCAAAUCAACAGUUGGCACGCCAGCUUAUAUUGCUCCGGAAGUUUUAUCUAGAAGAGAAUAUGAUGGAAAGUUGGCUGACGUGUGGUCAUGUGGAGUGACACUUUAUGUGAUGCUGGUUGGAGCAUACCCUUUUGAAGACCAAGAUGAUCCAAAGAACUUUAGGAAAACUAUUCAACGAAUAAUGGCCAUUCAGUACAAGUUCCCUGACUAUGUUCACAUAUCUCAAGAUUGUAGGCACCUACUUUCCCGCAUAUUUGUUGCCAAUCCAGCCAGGAGAAUUACAAUCAACGAAAUCAAGUCACACCCAUGGUUUUUGAAAAAUUUGCCAAGGGAACUGACUGAUGCAGCUCAGGCCAUGUAUUAUCGAAGAGGAAACCCUACCUAUUCCCUUCAAAGUGUCGAGGAAAUAAUGAAAAUCGUGGAAGAGGCCAAGACAACUCCUCAGGCCUCUCGUUCACUUGGAGGCUUUGGUUGGGGAGGGGAAGAAGAUGAGGAUAAAGAUGAAGAUGCAGAAGAGGAGGACGAAGAAGACGAUGAUGAGUAUGAAAAACAAGUGAGAGCCGCACAUGCAAGUGGAGAAGUGCGUCUCUCGUGA